AUGGCGGACUCGGAGCUGCAGCUGGUGGCGCGGCGGAUCCGCAGCUUCCCGGACUUCCCCAUGCCGGGCGUGCUGUUCAGGGACAUCUCGCCCGUCCUGAAGGACCCCGACUCCUUCCGCGCGUCCAUCAGCCUUCUGGCCGGUCACUUGAAGAAGACCCACGGCGGCAAGAUCGACUACAUCGCAGGUGUAGACUCCCGUGGCUUCCUGUUUGGACCCUGUCUGGCCCAGGAGCUCGGUCUGGGAUGCGUGCUCAUUCGGAAAAGUGGAAAGCUGCCAGGCCCCACAGUAUCUGCCUCUUUCAUGCUGGAGUAUGGGAAGGCUGAGCUGGAGAUCCAGAGGGAUGCCUUGGAGCCAGGCCACAGGGUGGUCGUGGUGGACGACCUGCUGGCCACCGGAGGAACCAUGCGAGCAGCCUGUGAGCUGCUGGGCCAGCUGCGUGCCGAGGUGCUGGAGUGCGUGAGUCUGGUGGAGCUGACCUCCCUAAAGGGGCGGGAGAGGCUGGGCACCAUCCCCUUCUUCUCCCUCCUGCAGUACGAGUGA